AUGCCCGAACUUCGAAAUCGUUUGCACCUCCCAAAACUGGCUCAAAGGUGCUUGGAAACACUUGGCAUCCUGUUUGAAGUUCUUGUGGUCCGUGCUCCCAGCCUUGGUCCCAGCCUUGAUGCCAAAAACACAGGCAAUUACAUAGGCGCAGCCGGCGCGGCCGUGCCAAAGGUGGCACGUCCGGCACUGCCCAAGGCCAAGGCGAUGGAACUGGUGGAGCUGGGCACUUCGACGGAGCUGGACCUCAUCAGCCCCUUUUCGACCUUGAAAAGCUGGACCGAAAACAGCGGCUCCGCGGCGGACGUGUGGAGCGUGGCGUUAGACGGUCCGCUCGGGAAGACCCAUGGGGUGCGUCUGGGCGUCGUGGGCGUUGCGUUUGCCUGGGAGGGCCCCAACCCCAAACAGGCACGCCGGGUGGUGCGGCACAUGGGUGGUGCGGGGCAGGGAGCAUGCGGCUUUGAGUGGGAAGCACUGAUGCUCACCAUGACACGCUGGGGCGGGCUGGUUCGCGCUUGGGAGGCCGUGAACGGCUAUCGCUACUUCUUCAAAGAUGCCACGAAGUACACCCUGGGCAAUGCGACGAAUGCCACCGAGUUGGUGGUUUGGCAGCCCUUUCCCGAGAACGACCGGGACAGUGCGGUUGGCGCGAACAUCCGCGCGGCAUUGUUUAAUUUAUACCACGAGCAGCUGGACAAGUUCAAGGGGCACAUCGACGCCUACGUGUGGUCUUCCGGCUUCGAUGAGAGCAUGACCGUGGGCGACUGCCGAAAGCAGUGGUGGCCGAUACCUUACUCCAAAUGGUCUCCGCAGUGCAAACCAGGUCGAGCGCAGAUGCUGAUGGGAAAUUUGAGUGAAUGCAAACAGGCGAUGUUGGAGUAUGAGAUGGAUACCUUGAUCUUCGAGCGGGGCAUCUGCGAGCUCUUGACGUGCCCCACGAAGGAGGCCACGGUGUCGCUGCUGCCGGGCACCGCGUGGGCGGUGAAGGCAUCCAAAAGGCAGGUCUUCUCAACGUGGUGUACGGAGGUCUUGUACGCGAAUAUGCCUCAGAACCACACCUUCCUGGGCGGCUCUGGAUUGAUCAUACCGAAGAAGGCAGGAGACCGACAUAACUGCCACAGGCUCGACGUGACCGAGGACAAGAUCUGCCUGCGCGAGAAGGAGGGCUGGAAAAUCAUCUUAGAGCUCAGCGACACCGACAAGCCCUUCAUGAAGCAAGCCAAUCUGCUGAAGCAACAGAGUGUGCCCCCGCCGCGGCUCAGCCUGGCGGAAGCGAUCCAGGCGCGAAGCAAAUUGUGGUACCCUGUGGUGACCGCCAUGAAGAAUGGCAUCCCUUCGCAGUAUCCCAACACGCCCAUCCCAGAGAGUGCGGACAUCGAGGAGAUGAAGCCGGUGCGCUUGGCCAUGCUGGAGACGAUCUACGGAAAUGUGUCGGAGGAGACCUCGCUGGGCCACGCCUGCGAAAUCUUGGAUGAUCUGGUGAGGCCUUGCAACGCCCCCAGGUGGGAGACCGACGUGCGCUGCCUGAACCCCUUCGAUGGCCUCGCCGGCUGCGAGGCUGGGAGCCAUUUGGACUCGGAUCAGUUGGGCAUCAUCCGGUGUCGGCCCUGUGAGAGCGGCACCUACCGGCCAGACCGCUCUGUCGACCAGACCUGUGAGCCGUGCCCUGUGGGGCGCUACGCGGCGAAGCGCGGCAGUGGCAACUGCAGCGUGUGUCCAUUGGGCUUGGUGGCACAAAGCCCAGGUCAGGUUGCCUGCUUCAAUUGCUCGGCAGGACAGACGCCGGAGUGCAGCGCCCGCUGUCGAGAGUGUCCCAAAGGCACCUACCAGGAGGGCUUCCAAUGUGUGGACUGCCCCUUGGGCUACACAUCGCCCAUGAAAUCGCCCAAUGAGACCUACUGCUUCCCGAAGGCCAGCUUGAUCUGGUUGAACUUCUUACUCGUAUUGGACGUGUGCGCGCUGCUCCUCUUGUUGCCCUCCUUCUUUGGCAAGCCCGUGGCUGUUCAAGACAUCUACUUGGAUGAAGGCAAGCUGGUUUUGAAGACCUGGGGAAGUCAUCAGGUGCAUCGCUGGGCGCCGUUGCCGGUGAAGAUCCGUUUGACCCAUACGCAUCACUACCUCUUGGAGGAGAAGAACGUCUUCCGCGUGAAGUGGCGGGAUCCGGACGAGCUCUACUUAUUGCAGGAUCAAGGGGAGCACAUCAGCAAGGACAUCAAUACCUCCUGGGGGCGUAUGCGGAUCUUCCCCAGAUGUUCCCUCUGGGCCAGUGCCACCUGUGGAAUUCCCUCGCUCAUCGUCCUUGUCUUUCUCCUGGUGAUCCUGGCUUUGUACCUCUACUGGGCCAUCCUCAACGGCAUCGGAGAGGCCAAACACUUGCCUUGGUCGUUGAGCAUCGCCUUGUUGGGCGCGCUGGGCGUGCUGGUGGUCCACUACUGGGUCUGGCGCAACCACGUGCUGAGCACGCCGCUGCGGCGUCGACAGGGGAGCUUCAAGCAACGACUCCUCAAGGCCAACCCCAAUCCGCAGCCCACGGAGCGAGGUCCCGACCGCGCGAUCACCGCGGAGCAGAUCGGCGAGCUCUUCGAGUACUUUCGGGACUUCAUCCGCCGCCGCGACAUGCACUAUGUCACCAACAACCUGGUUUUGCCAUUCACCAAGCCCUACCACCUCUCCUAUGCUGAAGUCGCUGGCCCCUCGCGGGCCUCCUGGUUCGUGUCCCACUGCUGGAGCAACGCCUUCGAGGACUUUUUCCACAGCUUGCAGAACAUGGCGCAGGGCAAGGCGUGCUUUGACUGGCGGAAAGUGACGUUUUGGAUUUGUUCUUUCAGCAACAACCAGUUCAAAGUCCAGGAGGAGCUCGGGGAUGGGGACCCGCUGAAGAGUUCCUUCUACUUGGCGCUGCAGAGUCCCGAGUGCCACGGCACCGCGAUGGUACUGGACAACGACUGCGUGCCGCUGCAGCGCUCUUGGUGCUUGUUCGAGCUCCUCCAGACGCGUUACGUGGCGCCAAAGCUCAAGAGCGGCUACGAGGGGUUGCUGCUCUGCACACCCAACGGGGUGCUCCAGUGGGGCAAUGCCCAUGUGGACACCGUGGUGCGCUUGGCCGAGAAGGUCGGCGAGAUUCGUUUGGAAAAUGCCGAAGCCUCGCGCGUGGAGGACAAGAUCAUGAUCGACGCGUGUGUGAUUGAGACGGUCCCCGGUGGCUUUGCAGAGGUGAACAAGUUCGCCAAAGAGUGCAUUAAGACGGUGCUGGAUGCAGCGAACGGCUCCUUCCAGGUGCGAGUGCAGGAACUGAUGCAGCGCCUGGAUCGGGAGGGGUCGCCCGUCGCCCCGCUCGCCCCACGGCUGCUGGGGCGGAACACCUUCCGCUCGCAGCAGCACUAUUCAGGUGUGAUAAAAACACAGCACUUGCAAGAUCAUCUUCUGCCCCCUUUCCGAACGAAAGUCCAUGGGCCGAACGAAAGAGAGGUCUGGCUGCCAGGUUCUGACCGAUGAGAGCACUUGGAUCUCCCGAACGAUGGGAAUUCGAUGCCAAUUUUCCACAAGUGCACAAUUGCCCCCCUUCCACCGAAGCCCACAAGUGAAGUUGCACUUCAUCC